CUUGCAAAACCUGAGAAGCUAAGACUCUUUGAAACAGGAAGCUGUGUUGUUUCCUACCUUACUAAUGUCUCUGGUGGUAUCAGAUGGUAUCUCCGUUUCAUGAGUGGCAAGACCUAAGCUAUCACUGGACGCAUAAAGGACUUUGCUAAAUUAGCAGGUGGAUACCAACGCUCAUGACAUGUGGUACCUGAAGAGAACCUAACAUUUCAAACGCAUAAUCUGAAAAGUGAAAAAAGGAUCAACAUCUCCGCUCUUCACUACCAUCCACAAUGUUUGUUCCUUUUCCCGUGGUGGGUCAUGCUGACUCUCAAAACAUUGCAUCUUUCACUCCUAACAUCUCCCCCCGCCCCAUGGCAUAUCUGAUACACCUUUGGAAAUAUAUGCUGAAGAAUGUACAGGCUAUUCAUUCCAUAUGGUUUUAGUGGGGACAAGGAAAAUGGUGACCUCAGUUGAUGGGAUUGAAACCGUGGGUGAAGUUGCUGGGACCACACCCUACGACUAUGAGGGGGCACUGCCAUGCGAGAAAAGCAAUGUCAAGGAGCUGGGGGCCCAGUUCCUGCCCCCACUGUAUUCCCUGGUGUUCAUGAUUGGUUUGCUGGGCAAUGUAGUGGUGGUGGUGAUCCUCACAAAAUACAAGAGGCUCCGUAUUAUGACCAACAUCUACCUGCUCAACUUGGCCAUUUCUGAUGUGCUCUUCCUAUUCACGCUGCCAUUCUGGAUUCACUAUGUUAGGUGGAACGAGUGGGUUUUUGGUCACGCCAUGUGUAAGUUGCUCUCUGGGCUCUAUUACAUGGGACUGUACAGUGAGAUCUUCUUCAUCAUCCUCUUGACCAUAGACCGGUACCUGGCCAUCGUCCACGCCGUGUUUGCCCUUCGAGCCCGUACAGUCACUUUUGGUAUCGUCACUAGCAUCUUCACCUGGGGCCUGGCAGUGCUAGCAGCCCUCCCUGAAUUUUUCUUUCAUGAGUCCCAAGAGGAGGCUGGACAGACUAUCUGCAGUCCUCUUUACCCAGAGGAUAAUGAAAAUGCCUGGAAGCGUUUCCAUGCUCUGAGAAUGAAUAUCCUGGGUCUCGCGCUGCCUCUGCUUGUUAUGGCUAUCUGCUAUUCAGGAAUCAUUAAAACACUGCUGAGAUGCCCCAGUAAAAAAAAAUACAAAGCCAUCCGGCUCAUUUUUGUCAUUAUGGUGGUCUUCUUUAUUUUCUGGACACCCUACAAUCUGGUUGUCCUACUCUCCGCUUUUCAAAUGCACUUGGAGGCCGACUGUGAACAGAGCAGACAGCUGGACCUGGCCAUGCUGGUGACAGAGGUGAUCGCCUACACGCACUGCUGUGUCAACCCCGUGAUCUACGCCUUCGUUGGCGAGAGGUUCCGGAAGCACCUCCGUCACUUCUUCUACAGGCACGUGGCCACCUACCUGGGCAAAUUCAUGCCGUUUCUUCCCAGCGAGAACCUGGAAAGAGCCAGCUCUGUCUCCCCAUCAACAGGGGAGCAGGAACUCUCUGCUGUAUUCUAGGUCAGAGGCAGAACAUUGCCUACAGAAGAUGCACAGACCAGAUGAAGCCAACAUAUUGACCUCUUCACCAGUCCUUUGAACUUCCAGCACAAUGGCUGAACUCUUGAAGCCAUUAAAAUAUAUACACAAUGGUGAUGGUAUAUCUAUGCACCCCAAAGUCAUUACCAAAGGUCAACGCCUGAGCAAUGACUUAUUAUGAACCCUGAAAAGCAGAGCUUUGCUUGAUCCACUCAAGUCACGUAAAUUUUAAUGCACCUGAAUGUUAGAUGGUUACUAUAUGCAGCUACAAACUAGUCAAGCUUUUUAUAUCUUAAACCUUAACUUCAGCCAGUUAUGGAUAUAAAUGAAACAUAAUAAACAUAAAUGAAAUAUUAAUAAAUCAA